CAAGAUUGGAUUGGAUGUUAUUUAUCUUCCUGACUAGAGAGUGAAGUCCAACGACCAUGUCCUAGAGAGGCAGUGCAUUUGUCUGGCCGUUUCUACAUCACAUGUGGAAAUUUAAACACAGCAAUACAAACCUUGGUGGACUGGACGGUGAGAAUGACUGAGUUUAAAUCGGGCCGACCACCCUACGCGCCACACUCGCGCACCAUCCACCCUCAGGCCCCGACCCCCCAGGAGUACCAGGGACCAGGGGUAGUCCCAUACCAGCCCAACUACUACAACCCCCCUUACCAGCAGCCCGUCAUGCAACAGCCUAUGCCCAUGCAGACGAUGCAGUCGCACAACACCACGGUGGUGGUGGCGGGGCUAGGAGGGGGCGGGCCAGUGGACGCUCCCCCCCGGGAAUGGAGCUCGGGGCUGUUUGGGUGCUGCGAAGACGUUAACGGAUGUCUGGGUGUGAUGUUCUGUCAAGAGUGUUACGGGUGCCACCUGGCGUCGAAGGCUGGGGAAACGUGUUGUCUCCCCUGCUGUGUGCCGGGCUGGCUCAUAUCACUCCGCGCCCACAUCAGAGGAAAGCACAACAUCCAGGGCUCCAUCUGCGACGACUGCUGCAAGGUGGUCUGCUGUUACCAGUGCACGAUGUGCCAGCUGUCCCGGGAGAUCAACAACAUCAACAACGGCAAGGCAGCCAGAUAGAUAGAUACACCAUGGAGAGAUAGCUAGAUACACCAUGGAUACACCAUCCUGCGACUAUAAGUUCUCAUGACAGAUAUUGAGAAUAAAAUCAUUUUUCCGAAAAGGAAAUUUCAGCUCGUUCCUAGCAUUUGAAGGAACAACAGAUAAAUAAAUAUUGUGGUAUAUCAA